UACAGCCCGUGCGCUCCGCAGCUCCUAGUUCACCGCCCGUGCUCCAAUCACUGGCAGCGUCGCGCACACCGGCUGCUCUCCCAGUCACCAUUUCGCGUUUCCACACGCCUCUUACGAAAAUAUUUAUAUCUGUUUUUUAAAAAAGAAUCGAGCUCGAUUUUGCAUCACUGUCCGAGGGCGAAAAUGCCCAUUGCAGAGCCAACUACGUGUUCAGCCUCCUUUCGCGGAGAAUAGACCGGGAGCUGGGAAGAGAGAAAAAAAAAAUCUCUCUUCUUUUUUCACCAUCACUCGCUACAAUCUCAAACGGGCACAGAGUAGCGAGACACCCCGACCACAGGGACCGCUGGCUUCAGUUGAUCUGAUUUUCUUGUUAAUUUUUCCCUUCAGCCAGAUACACACAUCCCCAGUCUGAGGCUGGGACAAUAAACAGGAGGCUGAAAACGCGGGGCCAUCGUGAUCUCAGCCGUGGAAAUAAUUUUUGAGGGUCUCUUUUUUCCCUCUCUGUUCGCUGAAUAAUUUGUGAGCGGUGGAUUUGUUAACAUGGAGACGGUGGAAAAAGAGUGCGGAGCCCUGGGUGGCCUUUUCCAGGCUAUCGUCAAUGAUAUGAAGUGUUCGUACCCUGUGUGGGAGGACUUCAGUGCCAAGGCCACCAAACUGCACUCCCAGCUCAGAGCUACAGUGCUGGCGGCAGUGGCCUUCCUGGAUGCCUUUCAGAAGGUGGCGGACAUGGCGACCAACACAAGAGGUGCCACCCGGGACAUCGGAUCGGCGCUGACCCGCAUGUGUAUGCGACACCGCAGCAUCGAGGCCAAACUGCGCCACUUCACCAACGCUCUGAUGGAGAGCUUAGUCAACCCUCUCCAGGACCGAAUCGAGGACUGGAAGAAAACCGCCAACCAGCUGGACAAGGACCACGCCAAAGAAUACAAGCGGUCCCGACACGAGAUCAAGAAGAAGUCCUCCGACACCCUGAAGCUCCAGAAGAAAGCCAAGAAAGAGCUCCUGGGCAGGGGGGAUCUGCAGCCCCAACUGGACAGCGCCAUGCAGGAUGUGAACGACAUGUACCUGCUGAUGGAGGAGACGGAGAAGCAGGCGGUGCGCAGGGCGCUGGUGGAGGAGAGGGGCCGUUUCUGCACCUUCAUCAGCUUCCUGCAGCCCGUGGUGAAUGGAGAGAUUGCCAUGCUGGGGGAGAUCACCCAUCUUCAGGCCAUUAUUGAUGACCUCACAGUCCUGACCACUGACCCCCACAAACUGCCCCCUGCCAGUGAACAGGUGAUCAAGGAUCUAAAGGGCUCGGAUUACAGCUGGACCUACCAGACCCCGCCCUCCUCUCCAAGCAGCUCUGGCUCCAGGAAAAGCAGCAUGUGCAGCAGUGUAAACAGCGCCCACAGUAGUGCGUCUCGCUCGUCCGGCUCUCAGACUCACUCACCCAGUUCGUCCUAUCGCUACCGCAGCCUGGCCCAGCCGCCACCAGGGGGCGCCCAGCGCCUCAGCAGCGUCUCCUCCCACGACUCGGGCUUCAUAUCGCAGGACGCCAACGUCUACUCCAAGCCCCCCUCCCCCAUGCCCUCUGACAUCACUAGCCAGAAGUCAUCGAGCUCUGCUUCCUCAGAGGCAUCAGAGACCUGUCAGUCGGUCAGUGAGUGCAGCUCUCCCACUACGGAUUGGUCCAAACCAGGUGCCUACGAGCAGCCAUUGGUCAGCACGCUGCAGCGCAGAAAGGAGCCGCUGGAGAGACUCAGAGAGCCCGAGGCCUCCGCUGUCGCCCAGGGGUAUGCUGGGAUACAUGUGGAGGACUCCCAGCCGAGGCCCAGGAUGACCCCUGCCACCAUUGCUGCCAAGCACGGUGAGGAGGUGUCUCCUGCUGCCAGUGAUCUGGCCAUGGUUCUGACCCGCGGGCUCAGUAUGGAGCAGCAGAAGAGCAGCAGGGACUCGCUGCAGUACUCCAGCGGGUACAGCACCCAGACCACCACCCCCUCCUGCUCCGAGGACACCAUCCCCUCACAAGUGUCUGAUUAUGACUGCUACUCUGUGAACGGGGAUGCAGAGGGAGAGGUGCAGGCGGAUUUCGACAAGUCCUCCACCAUCCCCCGCCACAGCAACAUUGCCCAGAACUACCGGCGCAUGAUCCAGACCAAGCGGCCUGCCAGCACCGCGGGCCUGCCCAGCGGGGUGGGGGCCCAGGGUGGACCCCCCAGCGGGGCCGGGGGGGGCGGUGGCGGGGGAGGGGGGGGCUCAGGCACCCCCGGAACGGCCACCAUCCGCCGGACGCCCUCCACCAAGCCCGGCGUGCGGCGCACCCUGUCCAACGUGGGCCCCAUCCCCAUCCGCCCGCCCAUCGUGCCCGUGAAGACGCCCACGGUGCCCGACUCGCCGGGCUACACGGGGCCGCCCGCCCGGGUGGGCAGCGAGGAGUGCGUCUUCUACGCCGACGACACCUCGCCCAAUGCGCUGGAUUACGUCAAGGCCUCGCCCAAGCGGCUGAGCCUCCCCAACACGGCGUGGGGCUCAGCGGGGGGGCUGGAGAUGAGCGUGUACGCCCAGCAGCCCGCCGCCGCCGCCGCCGAGGAGGACCCGCUGCUCGCCGCAAACCGCCACAGCCUGGUGGAGAAGAUCGGCGAGCUGGUGGCCAGUGCACACGCCCUGGGCGAGGGCCAGUUCCCCUUCCCCUCCCUGCCUGACGACCCCCCGCCCGGCCCCGGCCCCGCCUCCGACCCCCAGGCCCCGCAGGGCGAGGACAUGCUGGUGUCCAUCCGCAGGGGGGUGCGGCUCCGCAAAACCAUCUCCAACGACAGGUCGGCGCCCAGGAUUUUGUGAUGGUCUCCAGGGGGA